UAAUAAAUCCAUAUUUUUACUUCCAAAGUUAAAACAAAAAAAAUCAGGCUUACUACAUACUUCAUGAGAUAUUUAGUCACAUUUUUGACUUCAGUCGAAGUUAUGAGAUAGUCAAUCAAAAUUAUAGCCUAAUCAUAAUUUCAUCAUAAAUAUCACUGGACUUACCCUUUUACUCAGUUUUCUUCUUCAUCAGAGGUUUAUAGAUUAUAUAUAGAUUUAGAUAUAAAAAAAACCCUGGGUUCAGUUUUGAGUCAUCAAAGUUUCUUUAAAAGCAUUAAAUGUGCAGCUAUUAUUAUAUAAUUUAGGGUACUAAAUCUGUAGAUACGUUGGCAAAAGAUUCCCAAUUGUUAGCAUCCAAAAGGAAAAAUAGUUUUGAAAACGACUGCAUUUAUUCCAAAUCAUUCCAUCAGAUUACUGUAAGAUCAUAAUGUCAUUGCUCAUAUCCGUGUUUGUUCAUUUAUGUAGGCUGAAAUGAUGGGCUAUCGGGUAGGCUAUUGCUCAUUAUAUCGUCAGAAUAGAGACAAAGACAAUGCGAUAGAGUUCACUUUUGGCCAUUCGCAUCAAAACAUAUGAAAACUGAAGGUUUCUCGAUCGGGACCAGAUGCGCUUUUACGCACUCAGUCUCCAGCACUCACACUCUGCCGCUUUUUACGCACACUAGAUAUUUGACUCCUCAGUCGUCGGCACGAUGUCAAACGUCAGAAAACCGCAUUAUUCUAUAGGAAGAGGCCGUGUGUCAUUCAUUUUAGACUCUUGAGAGGGCCAGUUUGUUUCUCGAACACGACAUGACCAACUCAUUAAUGGUUUCACUGGGGUUUGCUUAGGCUUUCUUUCCCCGUUCCACUUCAGACACCAUAGAUCUGCCAAAGAGGGAUUUGUAACUUCAGGAUUUACUUGAAAAUCCUCGGAAUCUGCGGAUAUCUCUCCCAGGGAUACGUCAAAAGGAGACCAUGAUAGCUUUAUCUUUCCUCUACGCGUUUUGCAUGUGCAUGAGUUUAGUCUGUCCUUUGCUGGGAACAGGGUUUGUUUAUCGCUUUCCAGGCAUCACUGUGCAACGGCAGCGCAUCAAAUCGGAACAGAGCGGCAACACUGGACCGCCAGAUACCGGGUCCCGUACCCAACUCAGGAACUGGUGUCAGUAUACUGUUUCCAGAACAGUGUCCUGUCAGGUGCACAAUGGGACAGAAACCACAGUUCAGAGAGUGUUUCAGGGCUGUCGAUGGCCCGGACCCUGCUCGAAAGUCAUCAGCUACAGGACCCUGAUCAGGCCGUCCUUCAAGGUUACCUACAAGCAGGUUACCACACUGGAGUGGAGAUGCUGCCCAGGGUUUGUGGGAGAAGAGUGUCGUGAAGACCGUAUGAACUGUACCAGUUUCACUGACAUGAACAGCAGAAUAAAUGCCAUCGAAUCAAAGAUCAAGCUGUUAAUAGCGGGACGUUCAUUCCUGCCGAGCAGUUUACCAGAGGUUUCAACAGACAACGAGGUGGACACACCCCAUCCCACUCCCAUCGGACCGCCGUUAUACCUUCCACCAGUACCAGGAGGUAGAGGGCCUCCAGGGCCCAUCGGACCACCAGGACUUCCAGGUUCUGCAGGAUCUCCUGGUCCAGCUGGAAGAGCAGGCCUCCCUGGACCCAUCGGACCAAAGGGGGACAGAGGUCUACCAGGAGAAAUAGGUCUCCCCGGCCCUCCUGGUCGACCGGGUCCUCCAGGGCCGAACUCCUCUCCUAUUCUGCGGGGUGACGUUUUUCAUGCGGACAAUCAAGCUCUCCCAGCUCCUCAGAUCAUAAUCGGGCCUCCUGGUCCAGCUGGUCCUGUUGGACCGUCAGGCCCUCCAGGGCUGAGCGGACCUGCAGGGAUGCCAGGCCUGCCGGGAGGAGAUGGCAAGGACGGUCUCCAAGGCAAGCCGGGGGAUCUUGGGCCUAAAGGAGAUCCAGGGGAAAGGGGGCCUUCAGGUGUAACAGGCAAGCAGGGCCUUCCUGGAGCACCAGGGCCAAAAGGAGAACCAGGAGAAGGCUUGAAUGAGGGCGAAACUGUGCAGCAGCUCAGGGAGGCCCUGAAGAUCCUGGCCGAGAGGGUCUUGAUCCUAGAGCACAUGAUCGGCGUUCACGACAACUCUGAAGGAUCUGGAUUUGGCAGCUUUUCUGACCCCAUGUCUUUCCCUGCCAUAAAGACCAAGCGCCUUCAGCCUGUUCAACCCCCACCUCAAACUCCAGUACUGGGGAAAAGACAAAGACAAGCUCCUCUUUAAGAGUAUAGUCUCAUUUUGUAUGUAUGUGAAUACUUGUGAUGGAUGUGGCAGAUUUUCCUUGACUUGAAGUACAGUUUUUGUUUAUCUGCUAUCAUGUCUCUCAUACCUUGAUUAUUACAGUUUAUUUGCCUAUCAUUGUCUUUUUUGGUCACAGCUGUAUAAAUGAAGCUCUUUGCAGACAUGAGAUGUUGAGCAUUUCAUCCACAUGAAAGACUUGAGCCUUUUGAACCUUGUUGCUGCAUGAUUUUAGUAUACAUAACCAUUGCAGCAGCACGUGCACAAUGUUGUACAAUGAAAUAUUAUCUCAUAAAGUGUUGUGAAGGUUUUGGCAUCUUUCUUUCCUCAGAUAAAAGACUGCCUAGUAAACACAUCACUUUCCUUGGCUGAUGUUGCAAAGCUCCUCAGGUUGCGACAUGAGUUCCCGAGAGCUGGACCCAAAAUAUACCAUUUAGUGUCAAACACAUUUUUGGAACGACCUCAGGGUUCAUCUCAUGUUAGCCUGUCAACCAUAUUUCUUCUUUCUCUCUCUCUCUCUGGUUGCUCUGCCUUGUUAAAAUUGAGGUAAGACAUGACAAGCUGCCAAGAAUAUCUGCUUAAAAUAAAGUUAGGUGAAAUGGAUAGCAUCUGGAGAGCGCACAUCUGGAAAGCAAAAGGAAAGGAUGCUGAAACAGUUGAGUUUUGGCCUGGAAACCGCAAACCAUGCUCGGCUCCAGUGCUCCAGUACACCUUCACAUGACUGGAUGAUGGAGCACUAAACCUGACAGAAUUACAUUGACUUCCUCACAAACUGCUUCUGAAAUUUUUUUCUAAAUUGAUAUGAUUAUUAUUUAAUAAUUCUCUGAGAGAGUCUCUGUUGGUCGCUGAAUAAAGCUUUGACCAUG